AUGGACCCCGACUUCCAACUGAAGCCAUCCCAGCGCGAGCCGCUGGAAGAGCAGAUCCGGGCUAUGGCGAAGAAAGCGUUCUUUGACUCGGUUCGCGAGGAGUUCAACCAGGGCAAGUUUGACCGUCACGUGCCUGCGUUCAUUGCUCAGAUCCGUGAGUCCCUCCUCUCGAUGGUCUCUGACAAGGGAAAGUUCGCCGACAACAUCAAGGACGUUCUCGACGUGGAGCAUGUCAAGCAGCAAAUCGAGCGCAACACCUUCGACGUCAUGAACUGCCUGCAGUACAUCACUCAAAAGAUGUCACAGCUCUGCGCGCCCGUCCGUGACGCAGCGAUCCGCAACGUCGCCCAAUCAGCCCACCUCGCCGAAGCGUUCGAGCGUGUCCUCACCAUCUUGGACGACAUGAAGCUCGAUCUGGCAAACUACCGCCUCCAGGCUUUGCGACCCGUUCUUCAGACCCAGGCGGUCGAGUACGAGCGCACCAAGUUCGACGAGGCUCUGGACGCCAAGAUUGUCAGUUUGGACCGGACCCGCGCGUGGUUGUCGGCAGCCGUGAACUCGGUCGCGAGCACCGUUGCCGCGCGUAACCCGGAGAGCAUCCAGUCAGUGGAAAACCGGGUCAAGUACGAGAACGUGUACAACGAGGCGCUGCUGAACAUCGUCUUUGCCAACACUGCGAUCGCGCCGGACACGCUCGCCGAGACGAUGAUGCUUGAUGCGGAGCGCUUAUACGGCUUCCAGAACGAGGGGCAGGCGAUCACCAUCGUCGCCGCGUUGAUCAUGCUCUCCAAGAAUGCGCUGCGUGAGCUGCGUGACCAGCGCGCAACGGUGCAGAAGCUGAAGGAGGUGCUUUUCAUCCUCCUCAAGGACAAGGCAACCACUCUGGACAACCUCUCUCUCCAAGUCAUCGCCACUCUCAACUCCUCUCGCCCCGACUCUGCGCCCUUGUCCGCCGAACAAGAGACUGUAAUCAAGAACAUGGUGGAGAAGACACUCUCCUACAAGGACCCGGUCUUCUCCCUCAUCAGCCGCAGGGUGCAGGCCGCCAUCCGGUACCAGCUCGAGAAGGGUACCUUCAAGCGGGAGAGCCUUGCAUCCGCCGGAUUGGACAUUGUGCAAACAGAGCUCGAGGCGUUGUCGUUGAGGAUCGCACUGUUGGCCAAGCACAACAAGGAGGUGUAUGCCCGUCACUACGAUACCAUCUUGUCGGAGAUGGUGCAAUAG